AAGGUCAUCCUUGUGGGUCACAGCUUGGGAGGGUUGGUGAUCUCGAAAGCUAUGGAAACGUUCCCGGAAAAGAUCUCCGUGGCUGUUUUUCUCACCGCCUUCAUGCCUAACGCGUUACAAGAAAUCAAGUACCCUGAUAUCUUUAAAGAGGUCAUAUAUACUUACGGCCAAGGGACCAAGGGGGCGUCUACAAAUUUCAUGUUUGGUCCCCGCUACAUAUCGUCAAAUCUGUAUGAUCUCAGUUCACCCGAGGAUCUGGCUCUAGCAAGUAUGUUGGCGAGACCGAUACGCAUUUUCAGUGCAGAUGACAUGUCAAAGCAAAUGACAAUGUCCAAGCAGAAAUAUGAAUCGGUUAAGCGAGUUUAUAUCAUAGCCGAGCUGGAUAAAGGGAUACCAAAGGACUUUCAACGUUGGGUAAUCGAGAAGGAUUCAGUGGAUGAUGUAAAGGAAAACGCUGGGUCUGACCACAUGGUUAUGAUGUCUAGGCCUCAGGAGCUUUUUGCUUGCCUUCAGGAGAUUGCUGGAGGAGCCUGA